AUGUGUGUGACCCGCCCCAUGCGAAAGCCACCGUCAGGUGGUCGCACCGUCACCGUGUCUUUCCCUCAUAUUUCUGCCGACUUUAGCUCCACUUCGGAGCCUAUCGGCAAGAUUCUUUCACACGGGUCGCGCGCCUCUCUCUUGGGGGGAUCUUUCGAUCCCGCCUUUCGAAGAGGUCAAGGAGGGUUCCGCGCAAGAGAGGGAUACACCAACGUCACUCCUACAAACCAUAACGCCAGGAAGUGCUAUCUCCCAAAUUCACUUUGGACGUGGUCCUUUGCGAUCGUCGCACUCGUCCAAACCAUCGUAACACUCGCUCUGGAAAGUUACAUCUUCGCAAAUUUUCAAAUUCAAGAGGUUCCAAACAACAGUCCCGCGUCGAAAACUAUCCCUACGUUCCUCGCCCUCUAUGGCUUCGGUUUCCUCUACGAACUGGUGCUGGUAUAUGAUGCUCUGCGCAUGAAGAAUACUAUUCAGGUGAUCGGACUGUGUCUCUGCAAUGUUGGCCUCCUGAUUUACGGCGCUGUUCAAGUGAAACAAAUUCGAGAGGCGGUCUCCACCUUGUCCUUGAUGGACAUGAUCAGUCCGAUUGUCUGGGAUGAGUCCGAGCCGUUCUUGAUCAUCAUCCCAUGCAUUGUGGCAUUGGGAACAUUUUUGAUUACUUUCCUCGCGUAUAAGCUCUACGACGAGUUUGCAUGGACAAUCUACAAACACAUUAGUGCUGAUCUGCAAAUGAAGCGUCGCUACCUCACCUACCAGAUCUACAUCGCUCUCUUGAAAUUUGAUUUUUUUUUCUUCUUGGGCUUUACUGUCCAGUUCCUCGUCUUUGUCUCCUCGGCCACCUUGGACGUUGAAUUUGCACUUACCGUGGCUGCCAUCCCCGUGACCAUUCUCAUUCUAGUCUGUGGCGCCUUGUUUGUGCGACGAGAAUCCCUGGUGGGCAUGGUCAUCAUCAUUCUCCUCUUAUUCGCCGCGAUGGCAUAUUUCUUCUUCAAGCUGUACCGAAUGUGGUCUCCUCUGACCUACUUCAAAUACCUACCGGCGCGACCAUCAAUGACCUUCUUUGCGGUCAUCACCAUCACCUUGAUCAUUGUCACUAUCAUUUACGCCUUCAUGUGCGUCCAUAACUUCAACCGCGGUUUGAAGCCCCACAUCAACAAGAAGAAGAACAAGGAAGCGGAAAAGUUAACCGAGCUGUCUUCGAACCUCACCCAAAUACCGUCACGGAUGAUGAUCGAUUGA